AUGCCGCCGUCGCCGUCGCCGAUGCGACCGGAGCGAGCUGCAAAUCUUCCAGAACUCGCUGCCAUCCACAGCAUCAGUGUUAUGUGCAAAGCAGGGCACGCGGUGUGUUCGGUGUGCCGUUACAAGCUCAAGGCCAGUGGCAACGGCAAGUGCCAUGUGUGUGGUGUGGCCACUGGUGGCUACACCCGGUGCCACGCCAUGGAGCACCUGGUGGAGUCCAUCCGCUUCCCAUGCCCAAAUGCCAUCCAUGGCUGCACCGCAUGUGGGUUUGUCGGCUCUACCUCUACGGCCAUGCUCCUGGACCACUUCGCCAAGGCACACGACUGGCCUUGCACCACCAAGGUCAGGGCUGCCACCACCACCGACUCUGGGGACGACGAGAAUGACUGUGAAUUCAAUGUCAACCUCCGUUAUGGUUUCAACUUUCUCAUCGCUGACUGUGCCACUGAUGAUGGCAGCACCAAUAACGGGUCGUACCUGUUCCUGCUGAAACGUGGCACAGAAACCGCUUGGCUGCAACAUAUCUGUCCUCUGCAUCCAUCCUCAGCAUGA